CACAACAGUCUCAAAAUAAUAGAGCUUAUAUUUUGUACAAAAAGUAAAGUUUAUAAUAAAAGCAAUACUUACGCACAAUGGAUGAUGAAUUUCCGCAAUCAUUUCGCAUGAGCAAGGCGCAGCUGGAGUCGCGCAUGCGCAUCAUUGGGGAGAAGCUGGAGCAGCAGUCACUGAAGGAAGAGCAGUCCGAGUCCAAUGCAGAGCAGAGCACGCAGCGCAGUGAAUCCGCUGAAGCGCUGCUGCCCAAGCAGGUGAAGAGCAAGACAAGCACUUGGACAUUCGAGAGCGUUGGUGGCUUCUUUAUGCCCCGAGAGCAGGUGAACAAACUCUCGCUGCGGCGCCAGGAGCAGCUGCUGGUGCGGGAUUUGAUUUACGCCUUCUCCGGCGUGCCGUCGGCGCAUAUACGUCCCGAAGUGGAUGUGGAGCAGCUGGACGCGGAGCAGCAAUUGCAGCAGAUUACGUUUAGCAUUGAUCCCAGCUUUACGGCGGCCUUUCGUGCGCUGGCCAGCGAGCUGUUGCCACUGGUGGGUUACUACAUAAGCGUGCAGAGCUUCAUAGACGACUCCAUAAUGUGCCAGUCCAGUCUGCGCGCCUUGGGCAAUGCGCUGCACAAAUCGCUGCAUGAGUAUUUCGAGCUGCUGUCCACGCUGGAGAACCAGCUGCUGCAGCAUAAGCUCAACCUGCAACAGCUGGUGGCACAGUUGCGUCCCUGGCUGCAGACGCUGCAACAAUACGCGGCACUGGUGCGCAAUGUGCGUCACUUGGAGCUGAGCACUGCGGAGCUGCUGACGCUGGUGCACGAGCAGCUGCAGCAGAGCAAGUGCCAGGCGCUGCUCACAGAUGUGGCGCGUUAUUAUAUGAAAAUGGUGCAGCUUUGGACGCAGAAGGGCGUGCUCUAUGAUAUGCGCAAGGAGUUCUUUGUCGAGGAUGCGCAGCCCGGUGAUAUGAGCAGCACGCUGCUGUCGCCCAAGCAAUGCUGCCACGCCUACUGGGCGCAGCGCUACAGCUGGCAAGCGGAGCGUUUGCCCAGCUUCUUGCAGCCGCAGGCGGAGCAAAUCUUUCUAGCAGGCAAAUAUCUCAAUGUGCUGCGCCAGUGCAACGUGCAGCUGCAGCUGCUGCAAGAGUCUCUAAGCUACGAGCCGGCGACGCAGGCGCAUGUGGCAAUAAUACAACGCAGCUAUGAGUUGCCGGCAAAGAAGCUGCUGGACGUGCUGGUCAAGCAGCAUGACUUGCCACAACAUUUGCGCAACAUUGAGUCGUAUUUGUUUUUGCAGUAUAAACCAUUUGCCACUGAACUGUUUGAGCUGCUUGCUCCACAGCUGUGGGAGCAAAGCGACAACAUGCGCAUUGAGCUGCUGCAUCUGCAAGUGCUGGAGGCAAUGCAGCAUAUUGUAGAUCCACACAAGCACUUGUUGCAGUCCGAGCUCAAGUCGUUUGAUGUAUCCAUGCAGCUGCAACAACUGCUGGAGGCCAACAGCGAAGCGGAAGGUGAGUCCCAGCCUGAUUCACCGCAGGCGCAACUGCAGCUCUAUGGCUUUGAGUCCUUCGCUCUGGGCUACGUGCCCAAAUGGCCCAUUAGUCUGCUCUUGCAUGAGCUGCCGCUGCAGCAAUUGCAGAUACUGCAUCGUGUGCUCUUCUUCUUGCGCUAUGUGCUGCUCCAGCUGCAGGCUUAUUUCAGACAGCAGCCCACUGCCUUGGCCGACAUCAUGUCCAGCUGUCUGCAACAAAUUGAGUCACACAUGCUGGACAAUCUCUUGCCACGCUGGCAGCAACUGCAACAGAAAGUGAAACAAGCUCAGCAUAUCGAUGAAGUCUUAACGCAUUUUCAACUCACCCUGGACAAAACGCUGCGUCUUUGUUUGCUCUCGGAGCCCGUGACCUUUGUGCGCGCCAUUUUUACUUUGGGUCAGCUUUGCUUGAAUUUCUGCAAGCUGCAGAAAAAGUCCAUGACGCAGGAAUAUGCAGAGCAGUUUAAUAAUCUACUGGGUGGCAUUAUAGAUCUUGUUGCCGAGCUGGUCAACAUGCACAGCAGCGUGGAGCGUGAUAAGGAUGAGGCCGAGAACUGCAAGCAAUUGUUGAAACGUCUAGAGAGCAUCAGUCUGCAAUGCGCGUAAUAAUUUUAAUUAUUUUAAUUGUUUUUAGCAGAAAAGGCCAAGAGAAGCUUUAAAAUUUAUUAGGACAAACCCCUUAAAUUAGAUCAAAUUCAAAAAAGGUUUUUGAUCUUCAAAUUUGACUACGAAUUAUGCAAAUCAGUUCAAAUAGAAGAAAGAAGAUAGAAACUAGCGGUUACAAAAUAAUAAAAAUAAAUGAAUAA